AUAACUGACUCCGCUGGGCACAUCUUGUAUGCCAAGGAGGAUGCCACUAAGGGCAAGUUUGCCUUCACCACUGAAGACUAUGAUAUGUUUGAGGCCUGCUUUGAAAGCAAGCUUCCUGUGGGAACAGGGAGGAUGCCGGACCAGCUCGUGAUUCUGGAUAUGAAGCAUGGAGUUGAAGCAAAGAACUACGAGGAGAUUGCUAAAGUGGAGAAGUUGAAGCCGCUGGAAGUAGAAUUGAGGCGCCUGGAAGAUCUUUCAGAGUCCAUCGUUAACGACUUUGCCUAUAUGAAGAAACGAGAAGAGGAGAUGAGGGACACGAAUGAGUCAACGAACACACGGGUUCUGUACUUCAGCAUUUUCUCCAUGUGCUGCCUCAUCGGACUGGCCACUUGGCAGGUUUUCUACCUGCGUCGCUUCUUCAAGGCUAAGAAACUGAUUGAGUAAAGAACGAAGUCCUCCUCCCCCUCCUCUCAGACCCAGCUGGACACCGCUGGGACCCAGCCAUGGCCCCCUGGAGCCAUCUCACAGAUGAUACCCACUGACUGGAGCUUUCCAGCAGGAACUUGGACCCUCAAGGGGGAGGGGAGCUUAAACAUUGGAGGCAACAGGGGACUUGUGAAAUCCUGUUGGAUGUUGGGGGUGGGGGAGGUUGUGAUGGGUUUGGGGAUUCCUGGGGCGUCGAUUAAAUAAAAAAAGAUGUUUCCAUGACAGCUGCAGCAAGUUUUUGCGCUGUCUGUUCUCCUUUUAUAAUCUUGGUUUGAUAGUGUCUCCCAUCUGUCUGUGACUGUAGUGUUAUUCUGAGCCACUUGACCCUGCUGAGCUCUUUAGGUGCCACGCAGCUAGCACCAGGGCAAAGCGGAGGAUUCCCUCUUCUGACCAGCUGGGAUCUAAGCCUCCUGCAAAUGCAGGUGAGUGCAAGGCAAUAGGAUUCAUCAUUCCAGCAGGGCCUGAGGACAGAGGGAGGUCCAAGGUUUGGUCCCUGUCGUGGACCUCUGCGUUUCUCCCUGUGGGAGCUGGUGUCUUUGUGCUUGACAGGUCAGGGCACUUGAGCAUACAGUGGUUCAGCCUGGAGGAAAGGGAGCCUUGGAAGGAGGGCUUGGGAAUGUGUUUGAGUUUGGAAGAGAGACGCCUGCUUUGCUCACAUAAACUGUCCAACCUUGGUC